AUGUUGGCAACUCUUCCAAAUUUCAUUGAAUUAAAAGACCUCCACAAAAGAGCAAAUGACCUUCUCCAAACACCUCAAAUCCAACAAACCAUAAACCAACAACAACAAGAAACGACGUCGUCAGCUCUAGAAAUUUCCGAAGCGUCAUUAGAAUUGCUAGAUCUUUGUGGAACAACACGAGAAAUCCAUGUUUUGAUCAAAGAACAUCUACAAGAACUCCAACACACAUUACGCCGGGCCAAAGUAGACGGGUCGGAUUUCGAAACCCAAAUGUCAGCCCAUGGGCUUUACAGGAAGAAACUCAACAAAGAGUUAGGUAAAUGUUUAAGAACAAUAAAAGCGUCAAAAAACAAGUAUUUUACGUCGGAUCUUUCGCUAAUAGAUCAAAGUCUAAUCGUAGUAGUUCACGUUUUGAGAGAAAUUAGAGGUGCAAACGUGUCAAUAAUGGAGUUUUUAUUGACACUUUUGUCUUUACCUACAACUGUAAGUAUUGUUCAUAGCCAAAGAUCGAGUUCAUUUGCGUCGAAAUUUAGAAGAGUAAACUGUCAAAGAUUGUUGGAAAGAUGUGAUUCAAUGGAGGUUCGAAUGGCGAAUCAAAGAUUGGAGGAAGUUGAGAAAGCUAUGGAAAAUGUUGAGGUUGAAUUAGGGUGUAUUAUUAGACGUUUGAUUGAUACUAGAGUUUUACUCUUGAAUAUUGUUAGUAAUUAG